AACAAUCCAGUUUCAUGUACACAUUUAAAGUCAGGAAAGUAAAUGAAAGAGCCUUUAUAAAGAGUUAUAGUGGUUUAAUGAUUUAUUCAAAUGAAAGAAAAUUAACCAACAUUUCUGAAAAUGGAUAUAUAGCGUUUUGGAAUUCAAUUAUUGUUUCCCCAUCUGAGAUCAGAGAAGAUGAGAGAUGUAAUGUUUGUCUCUGUUGUAUUGAAGACCAAUCAAGAAGGAGAGACCAGCCUCCCCUGUUCCCAGCUGUGUGUCAAUGAAUAGUGACAAGUCUAUGGAACCUCCUAUAUUAUUUAGAGAGGGAGACUUUUCUACUGAACAAAGACACCAACAGGAGAGAUCAGAGUCAGAGAUUCUCAGUGGUCAGUCUUCCCAGAGUCAUCAAACAGACCUGGCCUCCAUAUUCAGUAUGCUUGAAGAGAAAAUUAUGACAUUUGUGAAGAACGAGCUGAAGAUAUUCAAGAGGAUUCUUAGUCCAGAACUCCCAGAAGGCUUUGAGAGUCAGAAGCAGGAUAAGGAAGUGGUGGAUGCUGAAGAUGAGAAGCAAGAGAGCAGUGCCAGAGAGGGGGCUCUGAAGAUCACACUGCACAUCCUGAGGAAAAUGAACCAGAAGGAGCUUGCUGACACACUGGAGAAAUAUUCAGAUGAGCUUGCUGUGAUUUGCCAACGUGAACUCAAAUCUAAUCUCAAGAAGAAGUUUCAACGUGUAUUUGAGGGGAUCGCUAAACAAGGAAACCCAACACUUCUCAAUAAGAUCUACACAGAGCUCUACAUCACAGAGGGUGGAACAGGAGAGGUCAAUAAUGAACAUGAGCUGAGACAGAUUGAGACAACAACCAGGAAACAAGCAAGACCAGAGACUGCAAUCAAAUGUAACGACAUCUUCAAACCCUUAACUGGACAAGACAAACGUAUCAGAACUGUGCUGACAAAGGGAGUCGCUGGCAUUGGAAAAACAGUCUCUGUGCAGAAGUUCAUUCUGGACUGGGCUGAAGGAAAAGCAAAUCAGGAUGUCCAAUUUGUAUUUUCAUUCCCUUUUCGGGAGCUGAAUUUGAUGAAAGAGGACAAACACACUUUCAUUGAACUUCUUAAUCACUUCUCAAUGGAAACCAAACAAUCAGGAAUCUCCAUCAACUACAAGUACAAAGUUCUGUUCAUCUUUGAUGGUCUGGAUGAGUGCCGACUGCCCCUAGACUUCCAGAAGAACAAGAUCUGUUGGGACGUCACAGAGUCAACCUCAGUGGAUGUUCUGCUGACAAAUCUCAUCAAGGGAAAUCUGCUUCCCUCUGCUCUCCUCUGGAUAACUACCCGACCUGCAGCAGCCAAUAAGAUCCCUUCAGGAUGUGUUGACCAGGUGACAGAGGUACGAGGGUUCAAUGACCCACAGAAGGAGGAGUACUUCAGGAAGAGACUCAGUGAUGAGGACCUGGCCAGCAGAAUCAUCUCACACAUAAAGACAUCAAGGAGCCUCCACAUCAUGUGCCACAUUCCAGUCUUCUGUUGGAUUUCUGCAACAGUCCUUGAACACAUGCUGGAACAUAAGAGAGAAGAGAUGCCCAAGACUCUGACUGAGAUGUACACACACCUUGCGGUGUUUCAUACCAAACAGAAGAAUGAAAAGUAUCUUGGGAAAGAAGAGACAGGUCCACACUGGAAUAAAGAGAGCAUUCUGUCAUUGGGAAAACUGGCUUUUCAACAGCUUGUGAAGGGCAAUCUGAUUUUCUAUGAAGAAGACCUGAAAGAGGCUGGCAUUGAUGUUAAUGAAGCCUCAGUGUACUCAGGAUUGUGCACACAGCUCUUUAAAGAGGAAUGUGGGCUGUACCAGGACAAGGUGUACUGCUUUGUUCAUCUGAGCAUUCAGGAGUUUCUGGCUGCUGUAUAUGUGUUCCUCUCAUUCAUCAACAACAAUGAGAAUCUAAUGGCCAAACCUCAAACAAUGUUCAGGAACUUUUCUGCGAGGAUCAAACAAAGGCGAAAAGUUACUGUCUACAAGAGUGCUGUGGAUAAAGCCUUACAAAGUGAGACGGGAAACCUGGACCUUUUCCUCCGCUUCCUUCUGGGCCUCUCACUGGAGUCCAAUCAGAAGCACUUACAAGGUCUACUGACAAAGACAAGAAGCAGCUCACAGAGCCAUGAAGAAACAGUCAAGUACAUCAAGGAGAAGAUCAGGGAGAAUCCUUCUCCAGAGAGGAGCAUCAAUCUGUUCCACUGUCUGAAUGAACUGAAUGACCAUUCUCUAGUGGAGGAGAUCCAAAGCUACCUGAGCUCAGGAAGUCUCUCUAGAGCCAAACUGUCACCUGCCCAGUGGUCAGCUCUGGUCUUUGUGUUGCUGACUUCAGAAAAGGAGCUGGAUGUGUUUGACCUGAAGAAAUACUCCAGAUCAGAGGAAGGUCUUCUGAGGCUGCUGCCAGUGGUCAAAGCCUCCAGAGCUGUUCUGCUGUCAGGCUGUGGAGUCACAGAGGAAGGCUGUGCUUCUCUGGUCUCAGCUCUGGAGUCAAACCCCUCACACCUGAGAGAGCUGGACCUGAGUAACAAUGACCUGAAGGAUUCAGGAGUGAAGCUGCUCUCUGCUGGACUGGGGAAUCCCCACUGUAAACUGGAGACUCUGAGGCUGUCAGGCUGUCUAGUCACAGAGGAAGGCUGUGCUUCUCUGGUCUCAGCUCUGGAGUCAAACCCCUCACACCUGAGAGAGCUGGACCUGAGUAACAAUGACCUGAAUGAUUCAGGAGUGGAGCUGCUCUCUGAUGGACUGGAGAAUCCCCACUGUAAACUGGAGACUCUGAGGCUGUCAGGCUGUCUAGUCACAGAGGAAGGCUGUACUUUUCUGGUCUCAGCUCUGGAGUCAAACCCCUCACACCUGAGAGAGCUGGACCUGAGUAACAAUGACCUGAAGGAUUCAGGAGUGGAGCUGCUCUCUGCUGGACUGGGGAAUCCCCACUGUAAACUGGAGACUCUGAGACUCAUUGGCUCUAAACUCACAGACAGAUCCUGUAAAGUGUUGGCCUCAGUUCUCAGUUCAAACCCCUCACACCUGAGAGAGCUGGAUCUGAGUAACAGUAGCCUGAAGGAUUCAGGAGUGGAGCUGCUCUCUGCUGGACUGGGGAAUCCCCACUGUAAACUGGAGACUCUGAGACUCAUUGGCUGUAAACUCAGAAACACAUCCUGUAAAGUGUUGGCCUCAGUUCUCAGUUCAAACCCCUCACACCUGAGAGAGCUGGACCUGAGUAUCAAUGACCUGAAGGAUUCAGGAGUGAAGCUGCUCUCUGCUGGACUGGGGAAUCCCCACUGUAAACUGGAGACUCUGAGGCUGUCAGGCUGUCUAGUCACAUAGGAAGGCUGUGCUUCUCUGGUCUCAGCUCUGAGGUCAAACCCAACACAUUAUUUAUGCACAGGUUACAGUGUAAGCAGGGAAAGCUAAGUGUAACAUUUCAAUACAACCUGUCAGUCAUUGUAUUUCUUCUGUGUUUGCAGACUCGCUGGCUGUAAACUCAGAAACACAUCCUGUAAAGUGUUGGCCUCAGU